AUUUUCUCUAUUUUUUAUUACACCAGAGGCGCACGCUUUUUACAACAGCUAGGGUUUCUGAACACACCCAUUCCACUCCACUUCACUCCUUCGCCCAUCUUUAAAAAAGCAGGAAGAAGAAAGAAAGCGAAAGAAAAAAUAAUUCAAGACAUAGUUUUGUGAGAUCUGUAUCAGAAAAGCUAGUAUGCAGGCUUGUUGUAGUGGUGCUGCAGUUAUGGGUUCUCUUCAACAGCCCGUUUGGAUUAAGGAAUCGACUUUCCUUUCAAAUGGGUGCGGUGUUAACUACUACUUCCCACACCAGGUUAAGCUCGGUUCGGUUAAGCCAUGUAGAUCAUCAUCUCAACUUGAGGGGAGCUUGGUCACUGGGAGGCCACCCUCUUCCGUGUCUGUUCCUGUGCCUGAGAUUGGAGGAGGAAAUGGCAGCAGCUUUGUAGACUAUGGCCUGAGUGAUACUGAUCCUGAAGUGCGAUCGAUCAUUGACAAAGAAAAGCAACGUCAAUUUAGAAGUCUAGAGCUUAUUGCCUCAGAGAAUUUCACGUCACGAGCUGUGAUGGAAGCAGUUGGUUCUGUCCUUACGAACAAAUAUUCUGAAGGCCUACCAGGCAAAAGGUACUAUGGUGGCAAUGAGUACAUUGAUGAGCUAGAAAUUCUUUGUCAAGAAAGGGCUUUGGCGGCAUUUCACUUGGAUGGUAAGCAUUGGGGUGUAAAUGUUCAACCAUUGUCAGGUUCUCCCGCCAAUUUUGAAGUGUACACAGCAAUUCUUAAUCCUCAUGACCGCCUAAUGGGAUUGGACUUGCCCCAUGGAGGUCACUUGUCCCAUGGUUUCAUGACUCCUAAAAGGCGGGUAUCAGGCACAUCUAUUUAUUUUGAAUCUAUGCCUUAUCGGCUUAAUGAAUCUACAGGCCUGGUUGAUUAUGACAUGCUUGAGAAAACAGCUAAUCUCUUUCGACCGAAACUUAUUAUUGCUGGUGCUAGUGCUUAUCCUCGAGAUUUUGACUACUCUCGUAUGAGAAAGAUUGCAGAUGCUGUUGGUGCUUUUCUCAUGAUGGAUAUGGCUCACAUAAGUGGACUUGUUGCUGCUUCUGUGGUUGCUGAUCCAUUUGAGUAUUGUGAUAUUGUAACAACAACGACACACAAGUCUUUGAGAGGACCUAGAGGUGGAAUGAUCUUCUUCAAAAAGGAUCCUGUUCUGGGCGUGGACUUAGAAUCCGCCAUUAACAAUGCUGUUUUUCCUGGUUUGCAGGGUGGUCCACAUAAUCACACGAUUGGGGGACUUGCUGUCUGCUUAAAAUAUGCUCAAACGCCAGAAUUUAAGGUUUAUCAGAACAAGGUGGUUGCAAAUUGUCGAGCUCUUGCCAGCCGAUUGAUUGAGUUGGGACAUAAACUGGUUUCUGGAGGAAGUGAUAACCACUUGGUUCUUGUGGAUCUCAGGCCAUUAGGUAUUGAUGGUGCUCGUGUGGAGAAAAUUCUUGAUAUGGCUUCCAUUACCCUCAAUAAGAACUCAGUACCUGGUGAUAAGAGUGCACUAGUUCCUGGUGGCAUACGCAUAGGGUCACCUGCUAUGACUACCCGAGGUUUCGGUGAAGAGGAAUUUGUUUCCACUGCAGACUUUAUUCACGAAGGCGUGCAGAUUGCUCUCGAUGCAAAACGAUCAGCUUCAGGUUCUAAGCUCCAAGAUUUCAUGAAGUUUUUAGCAUCUUCAGAUUUUCCUUUGAUGGAUCGGAUUUUGGAUCUGCAAAGGAGAGUUGAGGCUAUUACAACUAAGUUCCCACUGCCUGGUCUAUGAAUGAAGGGAGUAGUUGGACUUGAGCAGGUAGAUAACAAGGUAGAAACUUCGUCCAAUCUUCAGAGUUAUCAGAAUGUGUUGCAUUAUUAAGGAUCUUAAUAUGAACUGUUUUGGGAAGUUGGUUUAUAUCUAUAUGAAAAAGAACAAAAAGGUUACGUUGGGUUGUGUAUCUUUAAUUGUUUUUUAUAUAUUUCUUAUUGUAAAGAAUCAACACUGUUGUGUGGUGUCACUAUCUAAUAGUUAUUGAAUUGCGU